AUGCUGAGCCUGACUACGAGCCUGCGUAUUCUCGAGAGCACAGCCUCGAUCAGUCUGUACAAGAUGAAGGGUUCUAUCCACCUGCCCGCCGUCAUCCCCGCGGCUACGUCUCUGUGCAAGACCGUCUGCAUCCACAUGCACACGGGUACUCACCACCACGAUAUCGUUACGAUGAACCACGCGGUCCACAACCAGUUUAUGUUGACGAUCCAAUACGAGAGGCCUGCACCACAGAGAUACAAUAGUCGCCCUGACGACUAUAUGUACUACGAAGAAAGGGAGAGACCCUUGCCUAGACGAGCGGCGCCGGAGGCAGAGAGUGAUGUAUACGAGCCACCGCAACCAGAAAUCAAGGUGGAAAGCGUGCCUGUGCCCAUGCCGCCGGAGGCGUCUUGA